AUGAUCCAACGAACACCGUUAAAGGCAACCGAAGGUUUUAUGGAUAUUACUUAUCUGCCACUGUACUAUCAGAAUGUCCGAAGUAUUCCAGCGAGAACAGACCUGAGGAACAGAAUCAAAUAUUCGAACUACAAAGGCUUGUGCUUUACAGAAACCCGUUUGUGCAAGGAACAUGACAGUGAAUGCUACUUUCCGAGAAACUUCAACGUAUAUAGGCGUGACAGAAAUGCACUAGGUGGUGGUGUAGCAAUGUUAGUGCAUGAAGACUAUAAAUGUUUUCAAAUCGAAUAUGUCAAUGAUCCUGACUGUGAGAGUGUUUGCGUUAAAAUUGAACUUCAACCAUGCCCGCUAGUGAUAUAUUUAGCAUAUGUGAAUGAUCCAGCGAAGCCGAACCUCUUGCUUAAACAUUAUGACUUGAUCCGCCAGGUUAUAGUAAAGGAAACCGAUAGCAGAGUGGUUGUGAUAGGGGAUUUCAAUCUACACGACAUUGAAUGGAAUUUCGAUGAUACCGACACGUUUUUACUACCGCAAAACAUAGCAUCUCACACCGAAUCAGUAUAUUUUCAAGCAGCAUCAGAAUUCCUACAGAAAGUUCACGACUUGCCGAUGUUUCAGUUGUCGAAUCUGAAGAAUAUUUCAAUGAACGUUCUCGAUCUAGUGUUUGUAAACGGGACCGGUGAUAUGCAUGUGUCCAAGGCUCCUGUUUCAGUCACAUUAAACACGGAAAUAGACCAUUUUCAUGUACCAAUAGAGUUGGCAUUCGAAUAUAUAACGGUAGAAGAGGUUCGAUCGACAGACGAUUUCAUCGAAGUAUUUUCAUAUAAAUCGGCAAACUAUGAACGUAUAUUGCAACAAUUGGAGUCAAUAAAUUUUGCAGCAAUCUUCGAUCGAAUGGACGUGGAAGAAGCCUUUGACUAUUUCUUCGAGCUGCUGAAUCGUAUGAUAAUCGAAAAUGUUCCAAAAGUGCGUAUAAAAAGAAACAGCCACAGACCGAAGUGGUGGACUCGAGAGUGGCAGCAGAAAAAGAACAAAAGAGACAAAACAUUUAAGAGAAAACCAAAGAAUGCAAUGACGUCCGAGUAUGCAGAAGCACUGAUUGAGUUUAAUGAAUUGAAUGAAAGGUUGAACAAAGACUACAUUAACCAGGUGCAACAAAAUAUCAUAGAGGAUCCUUCAGAAUUCUGGUCGUAUGCAAAGUUUAAAAAGAAAAGUUCAUCGUAUCCAAGAGAAAUGUUGUUUAAUGCAAGAAAGUCGGAUCAACCAGAAGAAAUUGUGGAAAUGUUUGCUGAUUUCUUCGAAGGACUGUAUGACAAAGACGAACUUCCAGUCGUAUUCGACGAAGUGUAUGGAGAAGAAUCUGAUGACGUAUGGGAUGUUGAUUUAACGAUGUCCGAUAUUGACAAAGCUAUCCGUGAAUUAGAUGCCAAAAGUGGUGCUGGUCCUGACGAUAUUUCGCCAAUCUUCAUAAAGAGCUGUGUGGAUGGCUUAGUGUGGCCAUUGUGGAUAUUGCAUAGAAAACAAAUGGAACUGGGAAAUAUCUCAUCAAAACUGAAAAUUUCAAAAGUGGUUCCUGUGUAUAAGAAGAAAGGAAAGAAAAAUGACGUGAAAAACUAUCGCAUUACCGCAAUCAGCUCGAUUGUAUUGAAAAUCUACGAGAGAGCAAUUCAACCAAAGCUUUUAGGAGGCAUUAGUCCCUAUAUCACGAACGCUCAACAUGGCUUCAGACCGAGACGUUCGGUUGAGACGAAUUUACUCAACCUGUCAGUAGCAGCACAUGGCGCAUUUUCCAAGAAACAACAGCUCGACGUUUAUUAUGGUGAUUUCGAAAAUGCAUUCGACAAAGUGCUGGACAAGGAAACUACAGGAGGUUACAAAUAG